AACCAACCAAAAAUCAACAUGGUUGAAUGUUUGUAUUUCCGAUAUUUUGCAAUAGUUUGCAAUUAUUGGUGAUAGUGGAAUUGCAAGUUUCUAACUUUUUUUGUGUUAUUUCUUUCUAAAAUUUAUAUCUUAGAUAAAGAUUUUAGUUAAAUUAUUCUUUUUAAUUCCCACAGUAGUGGAAGUGUAGUGCAAGUGCAGUGAUAACGCUCUAGAUUGACUAAGAACACAUAACCUUAAAAAUAUUAUUAAAAUGAGUAAAGCAAAUGCUUUAGCGGGUUUGAUUAGUAAUUAUGGUGAUUCGGACGAGGAAUCCGACGAUGGAAACCCUAUGUCCAAGACAAGUGUUGUUAGAUCAUCUACAGUAAAAUCGACAACAAAGUAUUCUUCAGAAUUGGGUACUGGUUCUUUAUAUAUGGCUCCAGAUUCAACGGCUGCAAUACAUCCUGCUCCGAUUCCACAUUGCCCCUGGUCGGCAUGUUACGAUGAAAGCAGUGGUUUCACAUAUUACUGGAAUCAACAAACAAAUGCUGUCACUUGGGAAGCACCACCGGAGUACCUGCUAGCUCUCAAGUUAGCUCAACAACACCUCAACACUUCAGGUUCCACAGAAGUGUCUGCAGAAGAAUGGCAGUUGUAUCAGCAAGCAUUGGCAGAGAAGCAAAAUUCACAAAGCAAAGUUAUUUCAAAGGCUGCUUUAGUGAACCCAGUCAAGAAUGCUCCAUCCAAGACACCAAUCUCAAAGGCUACUAAAAGAAGAAUGAGUGAUGAUGAAGAUGUGAAAAUAGAAUUGAUAACAUCUUAUCACAACUCAGAUUCAGAUUCAAAUGAUGAGACAGAAAGUCCUAUCAAGAAAACAGCUUCACCAGUUGUACCACCAAAACUGCCCAAGACUCAGCACAAAAAGUCGAAAAAAACAAGUCAGAAACCUGUAGAGUAUGGACCAACCUUACCUCCCAAUCAGAAUUACUCAGUGCCCAUAGGGCCAGAGUUACCACAUGAACCGCCAGUUGAAAAUGAAUCUAAAUUACCAGAUAAAAAAAUUGUUAAUACUGCAUCUACUUCGGAACAGAUAAAGAAACUUAAAGUUAAUGAUAAUGAAGACAGCCAAGAUGAAAGUAUUUUGUUGACUAAAUUGAAGGAUAAAGCAAAAAUUCUAGAGAAAUUAGGUGGAGAAAUACCUGUUGAAUUACAAAAGAUUAUUCAAGAUGAAACCAAAUCAAAAUCAGUUUCACCAAAUUUAAUAGAAGAAAACAAAAAUACAAAAGCCACUAUUGACACAAAUAUUGAUGAUUUGUUAGAAGAGAUAGAGAAGAAGGAACUACCUAAAGUUAAGACCAAGACUAACCUUGACACAAUUAAUGAAACUCUACCUGUUAGUAAUCCAAAUAGUCCUAAAUUGAAUGGUACGCCACCAAGAGAAGUCAAACCUUUAUUUCCAAGUAGUGAUAAUAUUACAGAUGAGCCAACCAUUCCCCCAAGUUUAUUCCCCAGUGCUGCCAAUGUCAUUGAAAACAGCCUAGAAAAGCAAAAUAAAGAAAGUACUCCAGCUACAGAAAAGAAAAAUACUAAUGUGUAUCUAAUGGAUGCCGGGGAAGUCAUAGAAAACAUUGGCAGAAAGAAACUCAGAAUUUCAAAUUCAGUGUUGCCGGUCAAAAGGAGUGAACCGCCUCCAUCUUAUACCACUAAAUAUUCCCAGUCUAUCGACAGUUUUUCUGGCGAAAGAACAGGAUUAGGGUUCAGCAAAGAGGAUGAAGAGGAUAGUUCAAACAAUGACACUGCUGUAACUUACGGAAAUGGCCUAGUUUUUACUAAGGGUGAGACCUUGAACGAGGAAGCGAAGGAGGAAGACUUAGACGAUACGGCGAGUCUUCUGGAAGAGAAAUUGAAGUACUUGACACAAAUUCAACCGUGUACUCUUUCGCCUAUUCAAGAGAUGAUGAUUCAGAUGCAGAUGUGUAUACGUUGCGCAGACGCUGCGCGGCGCGGCGGCGGCGGGCGCGCUGGGCGGGCGCUACUGGCGCGCGUGGGUGCGCGGCGCGGCGCUGGCGCUGCGCCGGCACGAGUCGGCCGCGGCGCCCGCGGGCUGGCUCUGCUCCUUCCAGAGGUACUCCACCCGCCCCGUCGUACCCUCGAUCCUUCGCGGGCCCGGAUUUCUGUAGGCUCCAUAGCGAAGUCGGAGGGGCGGUACCGCUACGAGCGCGAGUGCGACGGCCUCGUGCAGUGGGAGUUCCCCGCCACCGCCAACAUGGACAUGGACAUAUGCACCACCCCGCCCCAUCCGGGACACGCUGAUGUUAAGGAAUCGCCUCCGCCGCUGCAGCCGCAGCCGCAGCCGCACCCGCCGCCCGCACCGCCCGCGACGCCGCCGCCGCCCGCGUGGGAUCCGCCGCCGCCCGGCUGUGACGACGCUGCCCCGCCCCCGCUGCCGCCUGAGCCUAAGCAAGAAAUUGGCGACGAACUGUUAUCGUUCUACAACGACAUUGCUGAGUUAGAGAAGCAGACGCCAUCAGUUUCUCAAACCGCUGCCAGCUCGCCAGAACCUCCCGAAAAACACAAGGAUAAACAAAAAGAAAGGGAAAAGGAAAGAGAAAAAGAAAAAGACAGGGAAAAAGACAAGGACAGAGAUAAAGACAAGGGCAAAAAGAAAUCCAAGGUUAAUUUUACACUCAUCCGAGAACAGUAUGAGCCUCCAUUGUUCGAGUGUCCAAUCAACGUGACCUCGAGCAAAUCUCAGCCGCGCUUGGCGAUGAACAGGAGUUAA